AUGAGUCAAGACUAUGAUGAGUCUACUUCAUUAGUAUCAUCAAGAAGACCAUCUAAUUACUUUUUAGAUAAUCCAAUUGGUUCAUUUAAAGGUCCUAAUUCAUUACAUAAUUUUGCAUCUUCAUUUACAAGAGCCCAAUCAUUUGCUGCUUCAAAAAUAGAUAAUGAUAUUCAUAAGAAACGAUCAUUCUUUGUAGAUGGCGGGGCUUCACCCCAGCGAGACCAUUUAGAAGAUGAAACUUUUGAUCCAGAAUUAAUGGUUCCUUCAUAUCGUGGAGAAAGACUAAGCACUGUUGUUCAUGAUUUACAUUCAAGAAAUCACUUAUUUAUGAAUCCAAUGAAUGAAUUAGAUUCUACUUUGUCUUCCCCCAAUAAUGAUGUUUUUUAUCAUGAUGAUGUUGUUAAUGCUAUAAAUGAUUCAAAAUCAAGAAGAGGUUCAGAAUAUUUUGGUGGUGGUAUUCCAAUUGGUAGAAAAGUUCAUCCUCAAUUAUCUUUUUCAAGUUUAAGAAGUUCUUUUUCCAUUGCUCCAAGUGUUGUAACUUUGAAAAAAAUAGAAGAUGCAGAUGGUAAUAUUGUUACUGUAUUAGCUGGUCAAUCUACUGCUCCACAAACUGUUUUUAAUUCAGUAAAUGUUUUGAUAGGGGUUGGAUUAUUAGCAUUACCUGUGGGAUUAAUGAAGGCAGGUUGGAUUUUGGGUGUGCCAAUAUUAGUGGCAUGUGGUAUAACUACUUAUUGGACCGCAACCUUACUUUCACAAGCUAUGGAUACUGAUGAUACAAUAAUGACCUACGCUGAUUUGGGUUAUGCAGCUUAUGGAUCAACUGCAAAAUUAAUUAUUUCCUUGUUGUUUUCAAUAGAUUUAAUUGGAGCUGGAGUUUCAUUGAUUAUAUUGUUCAGUGACUCAUUCCUUGGAGUUGUUAGUGAUGAUGAGACAACUACCAAAAUAAUAACAUUUUUCAUAUUAACACCUUUCACAUUUAUCCCAUUACCUAUAUUGUCCAUUAUAUCAUUAUUUGGUAUAUUAUCAACCAUCUCAAUAACAUUGAUAGUACUACUUUGUGGGUUGCUCAAACGAACAGCUCCUGGUUCAUUAAUUGAAAUAAUGCCAACUAAUUUAUGGCCUUCCGAUUUUUCAAGUUUGUUAUUAGCCAUUGGUAUAUUAAUGGCACCAUUUGGAGGUCAUGCAAUUUUUCCAAACUUAAAAAGUGAUAUGAGACACCCUUUCAAAUUCACAAAAUCAUUAAAAUAUACAUACUUGAUAACUUUACUUACUGAUUGUUCAAUGGCGAUAAUUGGGUUUUUAAUGUUUGGGUCAAAAUGCAGUAAUGAAAUUACAAAUACAUUAUUGGAUACAGUUGGAUAUCCAAGUUGGUGUUACCCAUUGGUUAAAGCAUUGAUUUGUAUCAUCCCAUUAGCUAAAACACCAUUAAAUGCAAAACCUAUAAUAUCAUCAUUGGACGUUUUGGUGGGAGUUGAAAAUAUAUCAAAAUCAAGGAUCUUAAAUUUUCUAAAGACAGCUGCAAAAUUUAUAAUCAGAGUUGGAGUUAACUUGGUGUUUGUGGUAUUAGCUAUAGCAUUUCCCGAAUUUGAAAAGAUUAUAGGUAUAUUAGGAGCAUCAAUUUGUUUCAUAAUUUGUAUCAUUUUACCUUGCUUAUUCUAUGUUAAAUUAUGCAAUCAUCAAAUUAGUGAAACUUACAAGUUAUUUAUAUGGUUUGUUAUAAUUGUUUCAUGUAUAUUGGCAGUACUGGCUUCAUAUGCUGUUAUUAUUUAUUAA